GCAGCCAUGGGUCGGAUUGUCCUCGUACUUUUCAAGCAAAUCGUAUUUUCAUCCAUGUAGGGUACUGCCAGUCAGGGUGCCCAUGCUUGCAAACUUGAGUGGCAUGUCCGCCAUAUUUGAGCUCAAACUUGAGCCAAGCCGUGCAGCGGGCGUGCUCCAGGUGCAGGCAUGCCCGACAUGCAUGAGCUGGAGGAGGGCGACUACUGCACCGAGCGCGGGCGGUUCCGCGCGGGCUUGCUGGUCCAGAGCCCCGACCUGGGCCUGGGGAGCCCGCACAUCGUGGAUCUGACGGCAGCCACCGUGGUGAUGUCCAUGGGCGCUGUGGUGGGCUGCAGCGCCGCGGCGCUGGCCGCAGCCGCGCCUUGCCUGGGGGCCUCCAUCGGCACGGGCGUGGCGCUUGGCGUGGAGGGCGCCGUGGCCACGACGGUGGCCUCCGUUCCCGUGGUGGGCGGCUACGCGGCUGGCGCGGCCGGCAGCGCCGCGGGCGCCGCUGCGGGCAGCGCUGCCACGGGGGGUGUCAGCGGCGGCCUGGCGACCGCCGCGCCGCUGGCGGGUGCGGCUGGGGCGGCAGUGCUCGCCGUGGGGGGUGCGAUAGCGCUUGUGCAAGCCGGGGUGCACCAGCGCGUCAUCUAUGUCGUCAUCGCCAAUCCAUCCAACGAGCGGUUCGAGCUCACAGACCGCCUGCGAAACGAGGGGCACAUCACCUGUCCCAAGGUCAUCCCGCCUCACUCGGCGGUGGGCGUGGUGCUCCAUCACAGCGGCUGCCUGUCUGGGUUCUUGAAGUACGAGAGCAGCAGCUACUGCCUCAUGCUGGGGGGUUCCAACCCCUUCAUCGGUCGCAACAAGUUUCGGGUGGAGCUUUUCCCCAGAAAGCAGCGCUCCCUGCGUCAAAUGCGGGAGGAUACCAAGGAGUGGAUUCAGCUGAGUGGGCCCAUGACCUGCGUGGCGGACCAUUACGACAACCCCAGCUGCGCCAGCAUCAUUCUCUUCCAGGAUGAGAAGUUCGCCCGAGCGGUGAAGGCGCAGCUUGAAAAGUGACGGAGCCUCUCAUUCCAAGCUCACUGCUCGCAGAUCUGGAGAUUCAUGUUUGGAAUAAGCAGUCCUGCGUGUUUUCUUUCAGAAGCCUUCUUGUUAUCAAAGUGAGCUGGCGUCGGGAGACUCAUCCUUUCGAACAUUCUACGCAAAGGCCAUCGCAAUCAGCACCGAGCCCCGCAACCGGCACAUCUAGCCCAUUUCGAGAGCUUGUCUGGGUGACAAGACACCUGAGGACCCCUGAAACACAUGGACUUGGCAUAGCUCGCGUGCCGCAAUCGCCAGAAUUCCGGCGACCCCUUAAGCAGAGAGAGCUGUGGGUGCCUCUGCCUUUGUACAGAAGUAUGCGAGCAGAUCCCAAAACGGAUCCCAAGUGCCCAUUCGUUCGUAGGCUCUAACCUGGUUUAGCCUGGUUUAGAGCAAAGGCCUACACAAGCUUGUGAUGAUCCAAAGGCCUGUAGAGCCAAAAGUCGAAGGGCUUUUCGGUUUCGGGCCUGCUCUGUACUGUCUUGCGCAGGGGCACCGCCAUGUGCGAGGCAAGCCCGCCGCGGC